AUGCUUUGGCACGAUGGUAUUGAGGAUCGAUCAGCACUUCAGUCUCAUUUCUAUGGACCACUUGUUUAUGCUUUGGCACGAUGGUAUCCAUCUGCACUGUUAACUCUCUUAAAAGCGAUUCCCUUACGAAAAAGACCGCAGUUAUUAAUAAUGUAUGUUGUUAGAGGAAAGAAAUGCCUUAGAAUCAAUUUACUUUAUCUAAAUCCAUUAACUAAUCACUCGUAA